AUGGAGAAAGAAGGGUUGCCAGCGCUGGGCUGGGCCGCGAGAGACACCUCCGGCCACCUCUCACCGUACAGCUUCUCGAGAAGGGUUCAGGAGGACGACGAUGUGACCAUCAAGGUGCUCUUCUGCGGGAUCUGCCACACCGACCUCCACAUCGCCAAGAACGACUGGGGCAACACCCUGUACCCCGUCGUUCCCGGGCACGAGAUCACAACAAAACGGCUCGUCGGCGUCGUCACCGACAUUGGCCGCGGCGUCGACGGCUUCAAGAUCGGCGAGACGGUGGGCGUGGGGUACUUCGUCGGCUCCUGCCGAACGCGCAUCAGCUGCAGCAAAGGCUACGAGAACUACUGCGCCAAGCUGGAGAUCACCUCCAACGGCGUGGGCCGCGACGGCGAAAACACACGCGGUGGGUUCUCUGACGUCCUCGUCGUCAACCAGGACUACGUCCUCCGCGUGCCGGACACCCUGCCCAUGGACGGGGCGGCGCCUCUGCUCUGCGCCGGCGUCACGAUGUAUACCCCGAUGAUGCGGCACGGGCUCAACGCUCCCGGCAAGCACCUCGGCGUCGUCGGCCUCGGCGGCCUCGGCCACCUGGCCAUCAAGUUUGGGAAGGCGUUUGGGAUGACCGUCACAGUGAUAAGCUCAUCGCCCGCAAAGCGCCAAGAGGCGCUCGACCGCCUCGGCGCCGACGCCUUCCUGCUCAGCAGCGACCCCGAGGAGAUGAAGGCUGCGGCCGGCACCAUGGACGGCAUCAUCGACACGGUGUCGGCGGGGCACCCCAUCGUGCCGCUGCUGGACGUGCUGAGCCCGAUGGGGCAGAUAGUGCUGGUGGGCGGGCCUAGCGAGCCGCUGGAGCUGCCGGCCUAUGCCAUCGUGCCGGGCGGGAAGGGCAUCGUCGGGAACCUCGUCGGCAGCAUCAGGGACUGCCAGGCCAUGCUGGACUUCGCGGGGAAGCACGGCAUCACGGCCGACGUCGAGGUCGUCAAGAUGGACUACGUCAACACGGCCGUCCAGCGGCUCCAGAGGAACGACGUCAGGUACCGCUUCGUCAUCGACGUCGCCGGAAGCCAGCCGCCGCGUCGGUUAUCUCGUGUGUGA